GCGAACCUGCGGCCAGGCCGCGGCGCGGUUCCUUGCUGUGUUUUCUCAGUUGCUCCGGCUUGUAAUUUCUUUGGCGUGGCAGAGCGCAGUGCCGUUACCUCAGGAGGGACAUAAGCUGCCACACACUGGGUUGACAUCUUCAUCAAGCUAUCCAUGAUGACCUCUAGGUCUCAUUCCAGAGAAUCCUGGGAACUGCAGAUUACCUUUCACAGAGCUACAAUUACCAGCACCCUAACAAACUACACGGGAGGAAAGAUGGCGACUGCACAGGCUGCACGACUAAAUCUUCUUCCGUAACAAGCUAAGUCUUUUUUUCCUAAAUUGCCUCUGCUUCUACCUUUUGAAGUCGUAAAGCCUCCCCACUAUUAGGCUUUUAUCACUGGCCUACUUAACGGACUGUUAAACCCGAAAUUUAUAGCCCCUGAAGCCUUUGAAGGCACUGCCUAUCUGUCCUAUGUUUAUAUCGCCCGCAAAGCUCUCAGACGAUUUGAAACUAAAACCUAUGCUAGCUAGAUUUGCUAAGCUUAUAUCCAGCUUCGUCCUAUUCUCUCUUCAAGUGGCCCCUAACAAUGGUUUUGACAAGGAAGCGUUGCAGAGAGCUGGGAGAUAGCCAGUUAACACAGCCUCCACUACAAGACACAAUACAAUCAAAAAUCACUACCUUCUUCCAGCAGGGCUCAGCUCCUACGAUGAGGCCAAAUCGCCCUCAGGCGGCUCUCGAUUCCCCUCCUACGAUCAUGGACUGGUCAAUAGACAGAAUUAAUGACUGCGCCUAUUUGCGUGACGACCCACAUUCCACCCCAUUAGGACUAGAACUGGCAAAAGCUGAAGCAUUAUCCAGAAGAAACGCGUCUGUACAUUGUUCACCUCGAGCUUCUACACCCCCCUUUCGUCGUCCAUCGUGACUCCUAUUUUAGAUAAAAGCUCAACUAAUGACGUAAUUGCUCUUUCUCCCCCGGCUGUUAACUUUAUGGGUACUCUCCUUAUGGUUCUUGAUGAGCUGAACUUAAUUAAGUCCUUUCUCACAGAAAGCAACGACCUUUUGAAAACCCUGACCCAAUUAGCCAAAUCGCUUUCUCCAAACAACGCAUCACAUCAAAAACUAACGACGAAUAAACAAAUGGAGAAGGACCAGCCAAAACUGAAAGAUACUAACACCUCUACAGCCCCUCAUCAAAAACGUAAGCAUCAAAAAAAAAAGGGAGAAGCAAUCUAGGAAACCUAAGAACAUUAAGAAUUUUAAACGACCAAUUUGCAGAAAAUUCAAUUUUAAACCUCUGUUUGCAAUCCUGAAAGCCAUGGAGGCUGCAACAUCUCACCUGGAAACUAAGUCAUCGCCCUUGGGCACCAAUAAACACAAGGACAAAAGACAACAAAUGAGUCAGAACAAUGACGUUCCCCUCUUUUCUUCUCACCAACGUCAACCCAUUUGCAAGUUCAAGGAAUGGCCCACAAUUAUCAAACAAGUCUCCUGAUAGACCGGCUUCAAAACGUAAGGACCAAAAGGGGAUAAAGACUGAUUUGGCAUCAUCCCACCUGAAGCUAGUUAUCGAACAAAACAAGGUGGUCCUCCUUAAUUAUCCUAAUUUUCUAAGGAAACAUGGACAUUAUCCAAAUAAAUAUCAGUUCCAUGAAUACUUAAGUUUGUAUCUGCCGACACAAUUCCCCAUAGCCGAAAUAAUUCGCAUACAGUUUCUUCAUAGCAAUCAUCACUCGACAAGAGUAAUAAUAACCUUUAAGAGCGUGGAAACAACAAGAAAAUUCUACUCCUUUAAACCAUAUUUGGCUGCACAAGGAUUAUACCUAGUCCACUGCUUUAAGAAUAUUGCUCCGCCCCUACCUCUGAUUACCAGACUUCCUUCAAAAAGAGCUCCUACCUCUAGUUCCAACAACAAUUCCCAUUCUGAGAACCUUCGGCCUGAGCCAGAGGAGCUUUUGCACUCCCCAACUCUAUUGCAGCAAUACUCUACAAAGGAAUCAAAUGAUGAAUCUCGCGAGUCCGAAGACUUACAACUGAUUGAAGUCUUCCCUGAUCUGCCAGUCCAAGAACAGUCCAAAAUAAUUAACAGACUUGAUCGCUUAAAGCUGGAUCUCCUACAACAACAACUUUUGCCUCCUAUUGCACUUCCUCGACCUGUUUCAGCAGCCAAUGCUAAUAGGACAGUACCGCAAUUAACUGAACCAUCUUCUACAAGCCCAUCAUGGAUGGACAGGCAAUAUUUGGAUCCGGCUGAGAUUGGCUCACCAGCCAAGCAUAUGCAACCUCCCUCCUUGUGUCAUCAGAAAGGGAAAAUUAUUAUUUCAAAUGUCAGCGUAAUCUGCCCAGAACUAGAUCAAAUUUGUCCUGUAAAAGGUGCUGAGAAUUAGAACACUACUUCCCACCAGGAAUUUAUAAAAGUACAAAACGGCCACCCAAAUUCACCAUCAUUGUCACUGAUAACCCCAUUUAAUAUUACAUCUUGGAACAUUGCUGGCUGGUCUAAUAAGGCCUCAGACAAAGAGUUUAUGACCUUCCUCCAGCUGUUUGACAUUGCGUGUCUCCAAGAGACCUGGUUAAUAGAAGAAAACCUACUCCUGAUAGACGGAUUCAAAUGUUGGUCCAAACCUGCAACCCGCACAGCCUCAAGAGGACGUGCAAGUGGGGGUCUGGCAUUUUUAAUUUCUACUAAGAGCGUCCUCCUUGCAUCUGAAAUAACAGGCUCGGUUCCAUCUACUUGCCAGGCCUUAAUAAUUACCCCCAAUCCUCCUUUACGUCCUUUCAUAUGCAUUAACGUGUACUUUCCUCCCCUUGCUCCACAAUUAAGAACUCAAUUUUGGCAGGAAUUUGAGGAUUUCAUUGACUCAUUAUAUCAAAAUUAUCCUAACUAUAAUGUAGUUAUUGGUGGUGACUUCAGUGCAAGGAUCGGGGCAAAUUUUCCACAUUUCUUUGAGCUCCCGGACUUUUAUAAUCUAGACUUGUCAUUAUUACAUCGUGUUUCACGAGAUAAAGUUAUUAAUAAGAAUGGCCAAGCUUUAUAUAGGACCAUGCUCAACGCCCAACUUUUCUGCCUUAAUGGUCCAAAUUCGAUAGGUCAAACGGCUUUUAUACUUGCAUAACUAAAAGAGGAGCCAGCGUUGUAGACUACAUGCUGGUCUCCUCGCAAAUGUUAGAUCUAGUGAACGAGUUCUCCAUAGGAGACAGACCUGACAGCGACCAUUUGCCACUGAUUUUGAAAUUAUAUAAUCCUAAUACACAUCUAACUUAUAAUAAUAGGAUACCUGACUUAGAUUCAUUCCAGCAUUCUAAGCGACUAAGAUGGUCUCCUUCAGUGUUUGAGGAGGUCAAACAAAUUUUAAUGUUGCCAACCCUGAUCGACCUACGUCAAAAAGCAUCUCUUCCAUCAAAUGAUACGGGAGAGCUAUUCAAACAGAUUAUUACUCGGAUCCAACCAGCAGUUACUAAAUCUAAAUCUCAUACUAACAGAUAUUUCCCAAAUUUUAAGCCCUGGUUUGAUAAAUACUGCCAAGCCAAAAAGAAACAAGUCUGCUUUCAAACACGCUUCACGAGACUUCAUUUCUCUGAAGUAGCCGUCUCCAAACUCCAAAAACUUAAAAGAGAAUACAAUCUCCUAAAGCAUAAAAAAUCACUAUACAUUACCUCGAUUUGGCAACAUCUCGGUAGGGCAGCAUUACAAGGGAACCAAGGGGAAUUUUGGAAUAUAAUCCACAACAAUCUAUUUAAUAGGCCGUCACUCUCAAUUCCCCCAAUACUUCCAGAAACGUGGAUUAUGCACUUCCAGACCAUCUUUGGGAACUUAUCCCCCAUAUCAUACACUAGUCCAACCCGUCCCACUGACUGCCCAAUCUGGGCCCCAGUGACCGGCCCAGAAAUAGACAACUUAUUAGCUUCAUUACGAUCGGGGAAAGCCCCUGGCCAAGAUAGGAUUCCUCCCGAUCUCUACCAGGCUUUCCCAUCCUGGUGGCGUCCUAUUCUCGCAACACUUUUCACCAAAAUAAACAAAUCUGGCUGUAUUCCAUCUGGAUGGAAAACGAGCACAGUGGUCCCUAUAUUCAAAAAAGGCGACCCAGCCAUUCCCACAAAUUACAGACCCAUCAGCUUGCUGGAUGUGGCAGCUAAGUUAUAUGGAAGGUACCUUUUAAAUAAACUAUCAGAAUGGGAAUAGGAACACCCUAUUAUAGCUGAUGUUCAGGCGGGCUUUAGGGAAGGAUCCAAUACAAUUGAUCAAGUGUACAUUCUGCAACAUCUUAUUAGGAAAGUUAAAAAAGGGCCGCUUACAUCAUUGUAUCUUGCUUUUAUUGAUUUCGCUGCUGCAUUCGAUUCAAUAGACCGUCCCCUACUUUGGACAAAAUUAGAUAAAGCUGGUAUCGACAAAUGCUUGCUGUGGCUCAUUCAAUUACUUCAUUGCGACACUUUUAUCAGAAUCCGGCUUGGCCUAAAUGGUUCCCUUUCCCAUAAGAUCCCCGUUUCGAAGGGAGUCAAACAGGGAUGCAUUCUGGCCCCUUUUUUAUUUAUCCUUUUCAUAAAUGACAUCGUCUCUACAAUGGCCUCCCCCGCUUUUUUCCCACCCUCGGUCAAGGAGAGGAAAAUCCUGGUUCUUUUGUACGCUGAUGACUUAGUUCUUCUGUCCCUAAACAGGAUAGGCUUGAAGCGUAUGUUACACUCCCUCCUUGAAUUUAGUGACGCACAUUUGUUACAAAUUAAUUACUCUAAGUCCAAAAUAAUGGUUUGUGGGAAAAAUAGUAGAACUAAGCAUACUUGGCACCUGAAUGGUCAUCACUUAGAGCAGGUAAACACCUUUAAAUACCUGGGUAUCCAUAUCAAUAACAACUUGUCAUGGUCCCAUCACUUGGCUUACAUUAAGCUGCUUGCAAUUAAGACUCUAGGUCAACUGAAAAAAUUCUUUUACUCCAGAGGUGGCCAAUUGGUAAGACCAUUUUUCAAUCUAUACGUAGUAAAAUUCCUCCCAAUGAUUCUAUAUGGUUCCGAAAUCUGGGGUCCCGUUUUGCAUCCUGCCCUAGAGAAAAUUCAAAAUAAUAUAUUUAAGCAAAUUUUGGCCUUACCUAAAUGCACACCUGCAACUCACAUUAGGGCUGAACUCAACCUACCCACUUUAAAGGCCAGAAUAGACCUGUCAUACCUACGUUAUUGGCAGAAAUUAACCACAAAUAAGUCACGAUCUUUGGUUAAACUUUGCUGGGAGGAACAGUUGCAAAAUGGAGGAUGGGCAACUCAUUUUACCACCAUAGCUACUAGUUACGAUUUAACAGAUAAUUUUCUUAACAAUCUUAAUCCUAGGGCACUCCGUAAUCAGAUCUUUGAGUUUGAGGCCCAACAAGACAAUACUGCUAUUUCUUCAGCACGCUUUUCUUCCUGGUUCCCACUUUUUAAAACCAAUCAUGAGUGGGCUCCUUACCUCGACCUUCUGACAAAGGCCACACUUUGCAGAGCCUACACGGAGUUAAGAUUCCAGGUUAUGCCCUCUGCGUACCUACAGGGCAGAUACCUUGGAAUCCCAUACGCCAACCGCCUAUGUGUUUCAGGCUGUAAGGUCCCUGAGGAUUUAAUCCACUACAUGCUAAUUUGUCCUUUAUUCAGAGCCCCAAGAAACAAAUUCUUAGUUCCAAUGCUUACAGACUUAACUGAGUCCCAGUCUGUAGUUUUUCUGUUAUCCUCAGACCAACCGCACAUAAUAAUCGCUACUGCAAACUUUGCUCUGGCUGCAAAGAAACUCAGAGCCAGCUAUGUUAAAAAAUUAUGAUUAUUACAAGUUUUAAAAGUUUUAAUUUGAGUUAAUUUUAUACCACUUGUAUGUACUAUAUUAUAUAUUGUUUAUGCAUUUUUAUGUUGUGUUUCUUCUGUAACAGCCUAUGGCUAUAUACAGUUUCAAUAAACUUCAAACUUCAAACGAACUACAGUUCCCAGGAUUCUUUGGGAGAAGAAUUGUUAUUAUUAUUAGAUUUAUUACCCACCCUUUACCAGAAGGUCACAGGGCAGGUAACAACAAUAUAAAAUACAAUAUUUUUAAAAAGUAAAUUACAGUCACAACUGGAGAGGGUCCUAAAGAUAUAUAUAUAGUUUUGAAAGCAACUAACAAAACAUCACCCAAGCUUGCUCUGGAUCCCAGUAAGGAUUCAGUUAAUAACCUAAAAAUAUAUACACAUAAUUGUGAUUAACAAAACGUUCAGUGGUACAAAUGAUAAUCCACACAUCCCUUUUCUUGAUGUCCUCCUCACCAUUAAAAACAACAAAAUAGCAGAGCUUGGAAAAGUUACUUUAUUAUUAUUAUUAUUAUUAUUUUAUCAUUAAUUUUUGUUCAAAUUUUCAAAAACAAAACAAAACAAAACAAAAAUAA